AUGGAACUUGAAGAGCUCUCUGAGCCUACGAUUGUACCAGGACCCGACGACUCCCUCACCGUGAGCAAAGUCAGACGGACAGCACCAGCACGCGAAAACGCGAGUCCCUCACCAAGCUCGAUUUACCCUACUGUCGAGGACGACUCGACCGCAAACCGCAGUGCUGCCGAAUUGAGUUCUUCGUCACUGCCUCACGCCGAGCCUUCACGCGAGACGGCCCGCACCCAGGCUCCUCCCAAGCCAAGGACCGCGGAGACUGCCAGGUCGAUCAGUAUUGAUAACGCAUUGGGCCGUGGAAUACCUAAAGCCCGUCAGCCCUUUCGCCGCCACGUCACACCUGUAGUCUCUUCGUCACCUGCAGAAGAUACACCCCCGGACAACCAUGAUAAGGAAACUGUUACGAGCAGGAUCAAAGCCAAACGCAGCAUUCGCAACCUGUUCAACCGUGAGAAGACAAGCCCAAAAUCACCAGAAGCGGCGGCAUCCAAGCAAGGAUUCAUGAGUAGCACGCGAAGCUCGCUCGCUAAGGUCUUGCGCGAUUCCAAGAGCCUCUCGAAAGUUCAUCUGCCAAGAAAGACUGAAUCGAAGCUGGAGACUGAGUCUGAUCACGUCUCUAAUAAGAAGAGCUUCCAGCCAGGCAUGUUCGCUGCAUUUCCCAGCGGUAGAGCCACCCCGGCCGAACAGCCAUCGCCUGGAAGGCCGAGCCACGCAGAUGAGAUGCUUCACGACAUCGUCGACCGUAUAGAUGCGCAACCUGAGAACUCACAAGAGCGUCUGCGUCACGUGGAGAUUGCAGAGGUAAGUGAAGCCCUGCGAAUUAACACCGCCGAUGAAGCCCUCCGAUUGAAAGCCAUUGCGGAAGAAGAGCUUGUCCUGACUGUACAAAAUAAACAGUGUAUCAUUUCGGCCGCCGAUAGUUCUCGAAAAGCCAACAUCGCCGCGAUGGAAGCGAGGAAGAGUGCUGUUGAAGCGGAAUAUCAUGCCGAUCGCGUCACGUCCGAAUUCACACGCCUGCGCGAGCUACUCGACACCACGCCGAUGGAUGCUGAGUCCACGAGAUACAUCAAGAGUUUCCUACCUAAAUUUGAACGCAAACGAUCGAGAGAGGAGAUUCGCCGAGGAUUUAUGCCGGGCUUUCAUACAGCAUGUUGA